GCCGAUGAGUCGUCGGGCAGCGAAGGGACCUCGACGGGUCCCAUGGACAAGAACCCUGCCAAGUUGCACAAGCGAUCUCGUUCUGGCUGCUUCACAUGUCGCCUGCGUCGAAAGAAGUGCGAUGAGAAGCACCCGUCCUGCUCCGCCUGCGUCAACCUGUGCGUGAAAUGCGAGUACAAGCGUCCGAUCUGGUGGGGCAACGCCGAGCAGAGGAGGAUCCAGAAGGAGCGCAUCAAGAACAAGAUCAAGCAGACCAAGAUGAACGAGCGCAGCAGUGGGGGGUCGUUGACUGAACCCUCCAUGCGCAGUCGCAGCAUGGCCGUGGCCUCGCCCACCUCGCCCGAGUAUGAGUUUGGCCGGCCUGUGUUCCCGGAGACGUACGACAUCUUCGCCUCGCACCUGCCGACGCCUGCUGCCCUGGCGCCGAGCCACCCCUACGAGAUCGACGUCAAGACGGAGCGGCAGACCUUCAUCAACGACGUGCCGUUGCGCCACGACUCGAGCAGCUCGACGUUCAGCACCUUCGCGCCGCCGCAGUUGAACGCCCCGCUGCCGACCUUCCCCGGCGAGGACUGGCUGCACGACGAGUACUUCGGCCAGCUGCCGGCGCUGCCCAGCAUCGGGAUCGACCCGGCCCUGGUCUGCGACCAGACCAUCGGCCAGACGUAUGCCCUGCUGCAGUCCAACAUCCCCGUCAGCGAGCACGACCGGCCCCUGCUCGACCACUUCAUCCACAACGUGCUGCGCAUCAUCUUCCCCGUCGUGGAGGCCCACCAGCGCGGCCACGUCCGCGCGCAGGCCAUCCUGCAGGCGCUGGAGACGAACAGGUGCUACCUGCACUGCUGCCUCAGCGUGGCCGCCAUCCACCUGAAGACGACGGAGGGCCUGGUGGGCGAGCAGAUCGACCACGACAUCAUGCGCAACCGGUUCGAGGCGGUGUCGCAGCUGUGCCUGGCGCUGGGGGAGGACACCAACCACGAGGAGAUCCUGGACGCGACGCUGGCGAUGAUCUUCUUCCACUGCUCGGUGGGGCCGGCGGACGACUACCUGCCCGACAUCCCCUGGUCGGACCACUUCCAGGCGGCGUCCAACCUGGUGCACCGGCUGGGGCUCCCCACCGCGAUGCCGGCGUGCGGGAACCCGUACAUGCUGCCGCCGUCGUUCACGAUGACCCUGGCGGCGUGGAUCGACAUCCUGGGGUCGACGAUGCACGGCAAGACGCCCGAGUUCGCGCACACGUACCGGGGCAAGCACCUGAGCGGGUCGUCGCUGGGGCUGCGCGAGCUGAUGGGAUGCGACGACCGGGUGAUGUACCUGGUGUCGGAGAUCAGCUGCUUGGAGGCGCUGAAGCGCGAGGGGCGCAUCGACGAGAUGGGGGUUUGCUCGCAUGUGUCGGCGCUGGGGCAGCAGCUGGAGUUCACCGAGCCGGCGAGCCAGACGCUGGAGAGCGCAUUGCUGCCGUCGGGCGCCUUCUCGCCGGAGAUCCUGUCCAAAAGCAUCACCGCCGCCUUCCGCCUGGCCGCCCGCCUCUACCUGUGCAGCCUCGUCCCCGGCUUCGACCGCUGCCAGCCCAGCACCGUCAACCUCGUCGCCGCCGUCGUCCACGUCCUGCAGUAUAUCCCCGCCGGGCCCGACGGCUUCGACCGCUCGCUGGUCUGGCCGCUGCUCAUCGCCGGUGCCUUUUCCGCCCCGAAGAGCCACUUCCGUACCGUCAUCGCCGACCGUGCCGCCGCUCUGGGCGAACAUGCCCGGCUGGGCAGCUUCGGUCGCAUGUACCGCGUCCUGCAGGAGGUGUGGCGCGUCUCUGAUGAACCCAUCGAGCCCAUCGAGCCUAUCGAACCUAUUGAUCCCAUCGAACCCAUCGAGCAGCAGCCCUCGCAGACCCCCGAGCGUCCCUCCUCCAUCACCGAAAUCCUCAGCCCCGUCAAGCACGAGGAACCCGAAUCUCCCAAGGACGCAGCCGCCCCGUGGACUCUGAAAGAAGUCAAGACUCCGUUUCUGCACUGGCGCGAAGUCAUGCAGCAGAAUGGCUGGGACUAUCUUCUUCUCUGAUCGUCCUCUUUCUCCUCCUCAUCUUCUGAGAUGAUGCACAGUUUAAUAUCCCUUGAUGGGACCCUUUUCGUCAUUUGUUUGUUCUUCCACUUUUCCGGCAAAAGUCCAGAUACCCCGUUCGGCAUGAGAUUCUUCCGUUAUUGCUGAUAUUCUCCCGCUGUCCCUCCCACCCGGCUGGACCGGGAAUGGUGGGACAUGCAUCAUGCAUGCAUGCAUGCGUGAAUUUUCAUUUUAUCUUCAUUUCAUUUCUCUUCUCUACUCGCUCCCCACGAGGUAGGUGGAGCGGGGAUAACCAGAGGCAUUGACAGUCAUCUCACCAUCUUAUUCUUCAUCGUUUCGCGAUUAUUAUCAUUCAUCCCAUACCCCGGAUCAUGGCAUGUGGAGUGUUGUGGAGUUUGGAUUUAUGAUUUAUCAUCAUUCUGUUUUUCUAC